GCCGCCUGACUCCGCAGUCCGGGCCUGGGGCUGGGCGCUCAGCCCAGGAGGAGCCCCUCACCCGCUCCCGCACCGCAGAGACGCCCAGGCCAAGGGCCCCUCCCUUCCCAGCCCAGAGUGACAGCCACAAGCCGGGCCAGGUGGAACCAGAGCCAGCUGCGCCGGAGCGGGCGCCCCUAGGCCACCAGAUGUUCGCCAUCCAGCCAGGACUAGCUGAGGGGGGCCAGCUCCUGGGAGGCCCACCUCUUGGAGUAUGUCAACCUGAGCUCCAACCAGACAGCAACUCCAACUUCAUGGCAAGUGCCAAGGAUGCCAAUGAGAAUUGGCAUGGAAUGCCAAGCAAAGUGGAACCUAUCCUGAUGAGGAGCUCCUCUGAGUUGCCCUCUGACAACCAGGCCUUCCAGGCCCCUGGACUCCCUGAGGGAGGGGUCCGCAGCCCCCCAGAGGGGGCAGAGAUUCCUGGGGCUGAGCCUGAGAAGAUGUGUGAUGCUGGCACAGUCUGCUCCCCUCUGGAGGACAAUGGCUAUGCUAGCAGUUCCCUGAGCAUCGACAGUCCUAGCAGCAGUCCUGAGCCUGUCUUUGGGACUCCUCGAGGUCCUGGGCCUCCCGACCCCCUUCUGCCCUCGGUGGCCCAGGCUGUGCAGCAGCUGCAGGCUCAGGAGCGCUACAAGGAGCGGGAGAAGGAGAAGCACCAUGUGCACUUGGUGAUGUACCGUCGCCUGGCACUGCUCCAGUGGAUCCGCGGCCUGCAGCACCAGUUGGUAGAUCAGCAGGCCCGGCUGCAGGAAAGCUUCGACACCAUCCUAGACAACCGGAAAGAGCUUAUCCGCUGUCUCCAGCAGAGGGCAGCACCAUCCAGGCCCCAGGACCAGGGUUAAGAACUUGCCUCCACAGGUGUGCAAGGGUAUGUGUGUAUAUCUGCAGGCAUGUGCGAGGUGGUGUACAAGUAAGUACGUGAUUAUUUGCUGUUAUGAGUGCAGGUAAGCAUAAGUAAGUGUGUAUGUGCUAACAUGUAGGCAGGUGUGUAUAAGAUAUGUAAAUGAGCUUAAGUGUGCACAUGUGCACACACAUGCUAACGUAUGUGGAACUACAUGUGAGUGUGUGAGAGUGAACAUACCUGUGUGAGUGAGUGAAUUUAUAUAUACAUGUGUGGACAGGUACUCAGCAGUGUGUGUAUAUGUGUUUGAGUGAGGAUGUGUACGCAAAAGAUGUAUGUGUCUAUGAGUGAAUCUGAGUGUGCAAGCUUAUGUUGGUAUAUGUGAGUGAGUCCUUGUGUGUGCAGGCCUAUGUGUAGGGGUGCAUGUGUGCAGGUGCAGGCAUGCGAGACGUAUGUUAGGAGCAUAUGUAUUUGCAGGCAGACAAAUAUGUAUCCAGUUGCACCUGUGGGGCAUCUACUCAUGCCCUGUGUUACCCAUGGCCUACCCAGUCUUUUUUCUCCACUGGCUCCUACUGCUCCCUGGAAAGAGAAGGCUCGUGUGGUAUGCUGUCAUUUAUCUGAGGGUUGUGCUUAUCCAUUUUCCUGACAUUUCCCAGGCCACCUCUCCUCAUCCUUUUCCUCACCUAACUCAGACUUUGGUCUGCUAAAGCUGUUGUCCCUAACGUUGGCUUUGCUGUAAGAGGUUUAGUGGGUGGCUCUGCCCUGCCAUGGUAUUUUUGCUGCAAUUUUGUCAGGGCAGUUGGUGGAGAAUUGAUGUCAGAGAGGGUCACUGGGAGUGGUGAUGGAGAUGAUGGUGGGGGUGGGGACAGAGAAGGAGAUAGACUGUCUCUCUUGAACUCUGCUUUUGGGCACAUGGGUGAUGGGGCUGGGGGCAACGACAAUGGUAGAACCCUGUAAAGAACAGGAGAGUGGGAAUUCUAAAAGACCCGUUUCCUUUACACUCUGGUUUCUCUUUAUAUCGUAUAAAUCUUUCGCCAUUUUGAAAUGCUUGUUUCUGGCCAGCACGGUGGCUCACGCCUAUAAUCCCAGCACUUUGAGAGGCCAAGGUGGGAGGAUUGCUUGAGCCCAGGA